AUGCUUCGAAGGAUUCUUCUUUCAACUAUACUAAUUGUGUUAGUAGCCAGCGUUCUACGCAAGAAGAAGCCGUGUAUCAAUGGAACUCCAGAAGGUGACCGUUGUUUCUGUGUCGAAGGAUGGACUGGAACACUUUGCCAUCGAAAAAUGAUGUGUGCCGGUUUCGAACGUCUUCAGAAUGGAAGUUGCAUUGAGUGUCAACUCGGAUGGGCGGGCGCUGAUUGUGAUAUAAUUGACUGUCACGGGAAUGGAAUGCCGAACUAUGAUUUGACUGAGUGUACUUGUACUGUUCCAUAUUCUGGAAAGUAUUGUGAGAUUGCUGAUACCAAGGAUAUCUACAAAUGGUACAACAACUUCACUUCAAGUAUUGGACCAAUCGGAAUUCUCACAAUCAUUCCAUUGGCUCUGAUUUAUAUGUGUUGUGAGCACUUUGCCAAGAAGCGUCAACUCCGUCGUGUUGAGCAACAUUUGAAUGGAGUAUACAUCACCAGUGGCAGGAAAGCUGUAGAUAAAGAACUUGUUAAAGGACUUCUCGAAGCUUCUGACGAUGAGAAAUCACUGAAAUCAGUGAAAACUAACAACGAAGAAAAGGAGGAAAAGGAUAAAGAUGGAGAAGAAGUCAUAAAAAUGAGAAAUUCAGCGACGACCAGUGAGAAGAAGGCUCUGCUUGCUGAUCCAGCUGAUUUGUGA